AUGACGGCGAAUCCCCAGCCCCCCACCUCAGCCCUGUUCCACUCCCAGCCUGUUCCCAGCCCUCAGCCUCCUGUUCACCAGCCACCUCCCCUGUCCUCACCUGUUCAGUCCAGCUCCCACCACUCCACCUGUUCACCCCACCCCACUCCUGUUCCCAGCCCCUGUUCCAGCCCUGUUCCCAGCCUCACCCCACCCCUGUUCCCACCCCUGUUCCACCUGUUCACCACCUCCCACCAGCUCCAGCCCCUGUUCCACCCUGUUCCUGUUCCACCCAGCCCUGCACCCUGGCCUGUUCCCCACCCCAGUCUCACCUGUUCAGCCCUGUUCCCUGUCUCAGCCCCACUCCCACCCCACCUGUUCCAGCCCCCACCCCCCACCCCUGUUCCUGCACCCCCACCUGCCACCCCUGUUGUUCCCACCUCCCACCUCACCCCACCACCCUGUUCCCAGCCUCCCUGUCUGUUCCUGUUCCCCCAGCUCCCUGUUCCCACCACCUCCCACCUGUUCAGCCCCACCCCAGCCUCACCUCAGCCCCAGCUCCAGCCCCUGUUCCUGUUCCACCACCUCAGCCUGUUCCCACCCCUGUUCAGCUCCCACCAGCCUCCUGUUCCCACCUCACCUUCAGCCCCAGCUUUAGCCCCAGCCUUAGCCUUUAGCUGUUUAGCUUAG